GCGGACGGUUUUGGAAGCAGCACCGCUUAGGUUUGACAUCUCUGUAAAUAAUGCUCGAUUCGUUGUUGAUAUCAUAGUUUUACAUUGAUCUAAUCGGAUUUCUAGUGCAAUCUUCACCAUCAGAAACACGUACAUAAAAAAGUUAUCAACAGCCUCAGCUAAAACGAGUCUGGAAAUCCUCCUGUGAAGCUGUCAUUAGGUCUGCAUUGAGUUCAUCAUGAAUGUGAAUCAAGGCACCGUCGGCAGCGAUCCGGUGAUACUCGCCACCGCUGGAUAUGAUCAUACCGUCAGAUUCUGGCAGGCUCACAGUGGCAUCUGCACGAGAACCGUCCAGCACCAGGACUCUCAGGUAAAUUCCCUUGAAGUAACACCUGAUAGGAGCAUGAUUGCUGCUGCUGGUUAUCAACACAUACGCAUGUAUGACUUAAACUCAAAUAAUCCAAACCCUGUGAUCAAUUACGACGGUGUCAGCAAGAACAUCACGUCUGUUGGCUUUCAUGAGGAUGGGCGGUGGAUGUACACGGGUGGAGAAGACUGCAUGGCUCGCAUCUGGGACUUGAGGUCAAGAAAUCUACAGUGCCAAAGAAUAUUUCAAGUCAAUGCACCUAUUAAUUGUGUGUGUCUUCAUCCCAAUCAGGCUGAAUUAAUUGUUGGGGACCAAAGUGGUGUUAUCCAUAUCUGGGAUUUGAAAACAGACCACAAUGAACAGCUCAUCCCAGAGCCAGAUGUGUCCGUCAAUUCAGUCCAUAUCGAUCCUGAUGCCAGUUAUAUGGCUGCAGUCAACAGCUCGGGCAACUGUUAUGUGUGGAAUUUAGCUGGAGGAAUCGGCGAUGAGGUGACACAGCUGAUACCCAAGACCAAGAUCCCUGCUCACAAACGCUACUCAUUACGCUGCAAAUUCAGCCCAGACUCCACAUUGUUGGCCACAUGCUCUGCUGACCAGACCUGUAAAAUAUGGAGAACCUCCAACUUCUCUCUGAUGACAGAGUUGAGUAUAAAGAGUAACAACCCAGGAGAGACGUCCCGAGGCUGGAUGUGGGAUUGUGCCUUCUCUGGAGAUUCACAAUACAUAGUUACAGCCUCCUCAGAUAACCUUGCACGUCUGUGGUGUGUGGAGACCGGAGAGAUCAAACGGGAGUACAGUGGCCAUCAGAAGGCUGUGGUGUGUUUGGCCUUCAAUGACAGUGUGCUUGGAUAGUAUGCAGAACACCUGACAUCUGCAUCUCAUAACCAUUCUCAUGGUGUUCAAUGGACUGCAUACAAGUGUAAAAAAACAACUUAAGUUUUACAACUUAAGUUGUUGCAUUAAUAAAAACCCUUAAUUGUGAUGACUGAUCUAAAAACUUUCUAAAUGUUGUAUCCUUAUCAUAGCAAAUUCAAAUGUAUGUUAGGAUGCAUGUACUCAGUUUUUGUGUGCACCUACAAGUUUUGUCAAUAAAUAUAUUUAGCUUUUGA